UAAGAGAGAGAAAGCGUGACAGUGAGCUCUUUACAGUGAAGACUCGUGGAGCUCGCAGAUACUGAACAAGUGUGAAAAUGGCGAAACACUUCUCGAAGAAGAUGCUCUUAAAAUGGCCAAUUUCUAUCUCAUUCCAAACCCUAACCUUUCCCACGUCUUCUUAUCUCUCUCCAAUUGCCGUUUUCAUUACCACGGCAGCCAUUAAUCGAAUACCCAGAUAUGGCGGAGGUGACGAAGCUGUUGUAUAUAGUUGUAAUGGACCCGGAAGAGAAGAGAGUUAAAGGGAAGGAGUCGUUUCGUUACACACGUCAUGUAUUGCAGAACACCCUUCAACUAAUGGGCUGUAAAGCUCGACAUGCAUUUAAGAUUAGCAAAAGGGUAUUUGAUAUGAUGAAGAACCAAUGCCAUGCUAAUCCAUUGGUUUCAUUAAGAACAUUAGAGAUGACAAAGUUGCAUUCAACAUUACCUGUGCAAACUCACGGAAAAAAUGAUCCUUGUAUUGGGAUUGAUUCCACUAACAUAGAAGGUGGUUCAGAGAAACAUGUCGAAAGCAGUACUGAGCAGUUUGAACUUUAUAAAAGGCGGACAACAAUUGUGGUUAAGAGAGAUACUUUCACCAAGAUUGUUUGCGAUGCUCUUGCGGAAUACAAGUAUAUGGGGCCUAACCAAAGAGCCGAUCUUCUUUUAGCUUGCAGGAUUCGUGAAAGGAAGGAGUCAAUGACCAUCCUUUUGUGUGGGACUAGUGGCUGUGGCAAAUCUACCUUGUCGUCGCUGUUGGGAAGUAGAUUAGGAGUGACGACAGUGAUCUCCACAGACUCCAUUCGCCAUAUGAUGAGGAGCUUUGUGGAUGAAAAACACAACCCUUUGCUUUGGGCUUCGACAUACCACGCCGGAGAGCACUUAGAUUUAACAGCCGUGGCUGAGGCGAAAUCCAGAAAGAACCAACAGUUUGAACUAAGUCCAAAGCAAAUAGCCGUUGAAGGAUACAAGGCACAGAGCGAAAUGGUUAUCGACAGUCUUGAUCGUCUAAUCACUGCAUGGGAAGAACAAAAAGAAUCAGUGAUUGUCGAGGGAGUCCAUUUAAGCCUUAAUUUUGUGGUGGGAUUGAUGAAGAAACACCCCUCUGUUAUACCAUUCAUGGUCUACAUAAGCAACGAGGAUAAACACUUGGAACGAUUUGCAGUUCGAGCAAAGUACAUGACUCUAGAUCCCACUAAGAACAAGUACGCGAAAUACAUCAAAAACAUCAGGUCGAUUCAAGAAUAUUUAUGUAAGCGUGCCGACAAGUAUUUAGUCCCAAAAAUCAAUAACACAAAUGUCGAUAAGAGUGUGGCGGCCAUUCAUGCAACAGUCUUCAGUUGCCUGAGAAGGCAUACAAUGGGAGAACAACUUUACGAUCCUGCCUCGAAUACAGUUAUGGUAAUUGAUGAGGAAUUCAGAAGGAAUCAGUGUGCUGCCAAUUCUUUGAGUUCUAAAGGUAUGUUCCAAUUGAUUCAAAGAAAGGGUUCGUCUAGAAAUCUGAUGGCUCUCAUGAACAAUGAUGGCUCGGUGGCUAAGGCUUGGCCUGUUGACAGCAAUGGGAAGCCGGUUUUGGGUGAUUCCAUUGAGGGUGAAAUGGGUUUCACGGAAUAUGAUCCUUUGCAGAUUGGUAUAGCUGAACCCAUCAAUAUUCAGUUUGGACAAUUUGGAAUAAGUGAUUGGACGAGUGAAUCAGGUGGCACAAGUUAUUCCAACAGUAUUGAUGGAUCUAGGGUUAUUGAUGGAAUUGAGAACGGUAGUAGAUAUUACUCUUCGUGCUGCAGCUCACCUCGGAUGCUCAAUGGAUCUGCUAAGGAGGUCAAGGAAGAGUGUUGUGUAUAUGGAAGUGAUGAGGAGGUUGAAGAACACGAUGAGAUGGAGAGCGAAGAAGAUUCUAGCGACAAUCAAAUUGAGCAAGAUGAGAUGGAGGGUUCUGUUGACGAGGAAUCAACUAAGUCGGAUGAAGAGUACGACGAUCUUGCGAUGAAGGAUGCUAUUAACAGGGUUGAAAUGGAUCAGAAGGAUGCUAAAAUGGAUCAGAAGAAUGAUGAUGGGUUGACUAGAGAUCAAAGCAAAUCUAGUUGUUCUCGCGACACUUUCUUUGCUUCAAGGAAACAAGAGAAUCCUUUCUGGUUCUGUUAAUGUUUCUGGAUAUCAUAAGUUCUUGGAGUAAUUCAAAAAAAUGGGUACAAUGUUAGCUUAUUUGGCACUUGUUGUCUUUGUUUUGCUUUUCUACUUUAUUUUUCAUGUGUUUGUUUAUGUUAUAACAGUGGCUGGUACUUCUUGCGCUUAAUCUUUCUUUGCAAUUA